CAUUGCGUCGCCCGUGACACGUUUUCGUUCACUUUUUUGUUGAGACUGGCGUCCGGCCGUGUUACCUCUUCGUAGUCCAGUAUAAUUUACCGUUCAAUCUGUCUUAUCUUCGCAUUUUACCAACGACUUUCAAUCGAUACCGCAACACCGUUCAUUACAGCAUUUGACAUAGCCGUUCUAGCAGUAUUUGUUUCAAAGGUCUGAAAAGUAUCUUAAAAUGGAUCAAUCCUCAGAGACACCACAAUGUAAUUGCCUAGCUGCAGAAAAUUGCAUAUUGGACGGAAAUUAUGAAUUCUAUCGUUAUGGUGAUCGAGAGAUCACAGAAGAACGCAUUGUAAAAUUUAAAGUUAUUCCAUUUCGGCGUAUCUUAAAUACAAUUGUUCCACCAAUGUAUAUUCACUACCCACCAGGUGUGCAAACUGUGGGACCAAUUAACGUAUGCUGUCAUUUUGGCUCAGAAUUUUAUUUGUCGUUAUCAGAUGUUCAAAAAAUUAACCUAUCAAACAGAGUUUCUAAUGAUAGAAAGAAGCCCUGCCAAUUACUGAUCCGUAUUGGUGAACAGCAGCCUGGGACAAUUGAAUUAUUAGACGUUGUUCCAACAUCAAUUAAUAUGUGGAUUAAUUCUAAGCAACUUCCAACGGAUGAUAUGAAAAACCCUUUAUAUGUUGAUCCUAUUGAUUAUUUGAACUUAAAUACUGUUAAUCCUAAUAGGUUUACAGUAUAUUGUCCUGAGUAUAAAAAACCAUUUAUUAUAAUUAUAUAUUUGGUGGAGGAAAUUGGUGUUAAAGAAGUGGUGGAAUACUUUAAAACAGAUAAAAAUCAACUUAUUCCUGUAUUAAAAACAAAAAAACUGAUGAUGGAAUCAGUGAAAGAUUCUAUGAAUGGUUCAAAUUUCGCACUCUAUACAGUAAACCUCUUAUGUCCUAUAAAUAAUUUAAGAAUGAAGUUGCCUGCAAAAUCUGAAAAUUGUAAUCAUGUAGAAUGCUUUGACCUUCAAACUUUCAUUUCUUUGAAUUAUAUAAAACCUACAUGGAUAUGUCCUAUUUGUAAGGAGCCCUGUCCAUUAGAUAGUUUGAAACUUGACUCGUAUCUUUUGUCUUUGAUCAAUAGCCAAAAUAUUCCUAAUCAUGAUGUGGAGAUGCAACCAAUUGCGAAUGGUAAACGGAAACUAGGUUUACCGAGCAGUGAUAGUUUAGAAGAUGUCCAAACUACAUCUUGUGGCCUUACAAAAAAAUCUAUUCUUGAAAUUGAUUCAAUUAACAUGGAUAAUGAAAAUCUCGGCGAUGUAAAACCUGUAUUACCGAUACCAAGUUCUGGGAAUUCUAAACGAUGUAAAACAGAAGAAUUAAUUUAUGAAGAUCAUUAAUUACUUCGAGAUGAAAGACGCCGAAGAAAACCUACCACUUUCAAAAAUCAUAAAAAAAGAAAAUACCCAUGAUAAAAAAUGUAUAGUAUAAC